AUGGCCCUCUUCACAAGAACCGGCAGUCAUCCUAAUACCACCGACCCCAUUCCCUGUGGGUCAGAUAACACUACAGAGCCUGACCUGCCACGCUCACAUGCCUACUAUGCGCUCUGCUACUGCAUCCUGAUUUUGGCCAUCAUCUUUGGGAAUGUGCUGGUCUGCUUAGCCGUGCUGAGGGAACGCACCUUGCAAACCACAACAAACUACCUUGUGGUGAGCCUGGCGGUGGCGGACUUGCUGGUGGCUACUUUGGUGAUGCCAUGGGUGGUGUACCUGGAGGUGACAGGAGGAGUCUGGACUUUCAGCCGCAUCUGUUGCGAUAUCUUCGUCACCAUGGACGUAAUGAUGUGCACAGCCAGCAUUUUAAACCUCUGUGCUAUCAGCAUUGACAGAUACACCGCAGUGGUGAAACCAGUUCAGUACCAGUACAGCACUGGGCAGAGUUCCUGCAGGAGGGUCUCUCUCAUGAUCGUGAUAGUCUGGAUGCUGGCAUUUUCAGUGUCAUGUCCUCUCCUCUUCGGCUUCAAUACUACAGGGGAUCCCAGUGUCUGUUCCAUAUCCAACCCUAUUUUCAUCAUCUACUCCUCUUUGGUGUCCUUCUACCUCCCUUUCAUGGUGACCCUGCUGCUCUAUGUCCGGAUUUACCUCGUGCUAAGACAAAGGCAAAAGAAGCGAACCCUCACCCGGCAGGGCAGCCACAGCGCCAGCACCAAACCAUGUUAUGCGCACAAAGAACACAUGGAGAGAAAAGCUUUGCCAAACAGAUGCCAAGGCACCUUUUCCCCCUGUCUCCCACUCAAAUGCUCAAGCCAGGAGAUAUCUACCAAAAGGAAGUUGCUGACUGUCUUGAGCCUGCAGCGGUACCGCAGCUUCUGCCACGAGGCAUCCCUCACCAAGACACCAGGGACUACACAACACAGCAGGCUGGAAGAGAGGAGAAAGAGUACGAAGCAAGGCCUGGAGGUACGGAGGCUCAGUGAUGGCAGAACCAUCAGCUCUUUGAAGCUCGCCCACCAGCAGCCCCGGCUGAUCCAGCUUCGGGAGAGAAAGGCUACACAGAUGCUCGCUAUUGUCCUGG